CUGAAACUUGUGUUCUGUCGCUUUUUCUUGGUAUCGCGCUUCGGUUGGGUUGCAUUCUGUGUAGCUCUCUACACAUUUUGCAAAUGCCUAUCGUUACUUAAACCAGAUUGAAUUUAUUUCGUGAAUAAAAAAAAUACUAGAUUAACAGUGAUCUAACGUUCCACUUUAUACAAAGGCUGUAUUUAUUUUAUAAUUUGAUGUAAUUCUGUGGCUAAUCUCACUGCGGGAAUUGUGGUUUUCUGUUUCCGUCGUAUCCAUUACGGUUUCGUGAUUCUUCCUGAUUGAAAGGUUGAUGAUUCCACUGAAGCAGAUCCUACAUUGAGACGUUGUAUAUUUCGCUGUGAAACUUUUUAAUUCCUAAGAAUGUCCCUCCGACAGUACCGGAAGCCGACCCAUGGUGGCAGCAAUGGAGCCAUAUCUACGGAAUCUGCAGCUGACCAGAAGCUCGAACUGGUGCCCGGAAGACGUCGGAUUCAAGCCCUACCAGACAGCGAAAGUGAAGGUGAAGGCAGUGCAAUGAAAAAUGUGACAGCUCCAGUGAUUGCAACCCCUGUACCCAUUCCAACGGUUGGUCCAGUUUCCGCAUCGUCAGCUGCAGCUAAUGUUUCCCCGGGAAACAGCACUUCAACAGCUACGAUUCCAUCCCAGGUAUUGACCGUUAAGGAAAAAGAGCAGUGUCUGCAAAGUGUUCGUGCGAAGCGACCGGAUGUGGACGCAAUGGAUGUUCAAGAUGCGCUUGUUCGGAAUGGAUGGAGUGUUGAGAAAUCGUUGGACGAGCUUAAAUCGUAUGUUCCCUCGAGGAAACGUGUGUUGGAGGUGUCACCCGUUUUGCCCCAUAAGGCUGCUAUAUUGAGUAAUGCACAGAAAGUGACGAACCCUAACAAGAAACGUCGUAUGCGGCCGGUAGACGGCGAUAGCGAAGAUGACUCCGAUAGACCCAAGGAACGUGUUUUCGACAGUGAUGAAGAUAGUGAGGACAAUUCCCAAAACUACGGUAUGUCACGGGACAGGAAGAGUGUUUUCGAGUUCUUCAACAAUGCUACGGUUAACGAACUCUCGGCCGUGAAAAAGCUUUCAACGAAGAAAGUAGAUUUAGUCAUGGAACUAAGGCCUUUCAAACACUGGGAUGAUCUGGUGGACAAAUUAAAAUCGCACAAAUCGCUUCAAACCGACUUGUUGAACUACGCCCAGGAGUACCUGUCCAAGAGAAAUAGUUUGGUUACAAUUAUGAACAAGUGUAGGAAAAUGGUUCAGAAAUUAGAGUCCGCUAUUGCGGUCGGAGGAGGAGUUGUGGAACAACCUUCUAACAUUCCCGAAGGAUUCAAAUUGGCCGAGUAUCAGAUGGUUGGUUUGAAUUGGCUUACUGUUAUGCACCGGAACGAUAUGAAUGGGAUUCUUGCCGACGAGAUGGGUUUGGGGAAAACAAUUCAAGUGAUCUCUUUUCUGGCCUGGUUGAAGGAAAACGAUCUUAUCAGCCAGCCACAACUAAUAGUUGUUCCAUCGUCUACGCUAGAUAAUUGGGACAAUGAGCUUCGCAAAUGGUGCCCGGAGCUGAUCGUCAUGAAAUACUACGGAAAUCAGGAUGAAAGACGUAUGAUCCGGAUCGACUGGGCGAAGAAUGGCAUUUCGGACGUUGAUGUCGUGCUGACCACUUAUCAUAUGAUGGGUGCAUCCGGGGAAGAGAAAAAAAUGUGGCGUGUUACGGCCUUCCAAUAUGUGAUAUUUGAUGAAGCACACAUGCUGAAAAACAUGACUUCACAGAGAUACGAGAAUCUGCUACGGAUACGAGCCGCGAGGCGUCUUCUUUUGACCGGAACCCCGCUACAGAACAAUCUGCUAGAAUUGAUGUCUCUGCUGUGUUUCGUGAUGCCUCAACUGUUUGGCGGGAAAGUGGAGGAUAUCAAGGCAUUGUUCCAAGGGAGAAUCAAAGCGUCCAAAUUAGAAGGAGGUGAAGAUCAAACAACAUUCGAGAAGAAUCAGAUCGAGCGGGCGAAACAGAUAAUGAAACCAUUCAUUCUGCGGCGAUUGAAGAAAGAUGUUUUAAACCACUUGCCACCAAAGACGGAGAAUAUCGUGAAAGUUCCUAUGCUGGAUUCUCAGAAAGAAAAAUAUCUCAGUUUAGUUAGUGAAUAUCAAAAUGAUACCGGAGUGAUUAGAUCCACCACCGAAAUCAGCGGAAUGGCGAUAAUGAUGGACAUGCGAAAGUUGGCCAACCAUCCUCUGCUGCUAAGGUACUACUUUACUGAUGCCGAAGUUCGGAAGAUUGCUCGAAAGCUAGCUGGCGACUCGGGAUGGAAGGGUAACAACGUCGACGAAGUGUUCCAGGAUAUUGCCUAUAUGUCCGACUUCAUGUUGUAUAAGUUGAAAGAGAAGUAUACUAGUUUAUACGAUCUUCGAAUACCUGACAAACUAAUAACGGCCUCGGGGAAAUUCCGUCAGUUGGAUGAACUGUUGCCGAAGCUGAAGAGCGAAGGUCACCGAGUGCUGAUCUUCAGUCAAUUCGUUAUGAUGCUGGACAUCAUGGAGAAGUACCUGAGCAUCCGAAAAUACGGAUACUUGCGGCUAGAUGGCCAAACGGCGGUUACCGACCGGCAAGAGAUGAUUGAUCAGUAUACACAGGAUCCUAGCAUUUUUAUAUUCUUACUGUCAACGAAAGCUGGAGGAUUGGGAAUAAACUUAACCGCGGCCGAUACCGUAAUCAUCCAUGACAUAGACUUCAACCCCUACAACGACAAACAAGCAGAAGACAGAAGUCAUCGGAUGGGUCAAACAAAACCGGUUACCAUUUAUAAGCUUAUUUCGGACGGAACAAUUGAGGAGGGUAUGCUCAUGAUAGCCCAGGAAAAAUUGAAGCUCGAGAAAGAUGUUACAGAAGAAGGCGAAGACAAGAAAGAAGAGCACAAAUGUAUGGUUCGACUGCUGACGAUGGCAUUGGGAAUGGACGAAAAUAAGGCGGAAACGAUAUUGAAAAAUGAAUCCCCGAAAAAAAAUCUAGAAGAUGUUGACUUUUGAGUUGUGGUAGCAUUCUUUCUGCCAACUAAAUUCACUUAAGUAUUCCAUUGCAUUCAAUGUGUUGUUAUAAUUACAAAUCGGAUAACUACGCAAAAUACCUGUCCUUCACCAGUGCGACAUGCGGUCGGUAAUAUUGGAAACUUAAGUAGCUUACAUUUGAUUCACCACAACUCAUUUCGUUCCAAAAUAUUGCACAGGUAUGCUCCGAACACAGGCAUGUUCUCUUUUAUGUGAGUUAUGGUAGUGCGAACAAAAUAUUUAAUUCUCUUAUACCAAUAAUUGUAUUUUUAAGCGAAUAAGUUAUACACAUUUUAUUGAG